GCUGAGGCUGGGGCUGAAGCUUGCAUCUGGGCUGUUCUCGUCAGCUGAAUCGGAUUGAGCGGAAGGUGGAAGGCGGCGGCGGGGUCGCAACAGGCUCAAUGGGUGGCGCUGGGGCCCACGAUUUUCGUCUGAUUUGCAGGUACGUAGGAACAGAGUCGGUCGUCGUCGCGUCGUCGUGGCAGCCGAUACCAUGGGCGAGGCAGAAGCGGCAACAGCAACAGUGGCAGCACGCUUGGGCCGAGCUAUCGCAUCCUUGGCACCAUCAGCGGCACGCAUCGUCGCAUCGUCGCGGGGUCGGGUGAGCACAUGCUAAAGCCGCCUCUCCGCCCCGCCGGGCGUUGGGGCUCGGCGUGGAGCGCGCUCGGGGCAGCCAUCAGCGGGGUCCGUGCGUGAAUAAGCUACGAGGGAGGGCGAGCGAGCGAGCGGGCCAGCAGCGGGCAACAGCGCGAACGAGCAUCGCUGUUCAUCUUGUCACCAUGUCCACUGUCUGUUCUGUCUGUCGCUCUAGACUUGCUUGCCGUUCACCCAGGCCUUUGCUACCACCCCACCCCGCACCAUGCCGCGCGACCUCGACCUCGGGAUAAACCUGUUCGCGCCCGACCGGUCGCCCCUGCCCUCCCCCUUGCCGCGGACGCUCAACCUGCCGCCUACGCGACCAAACAGCCCGCUACCCGAUCUGGACAUUGCGCACCUGGCGCCGGAGGAGGCCGCCGAGCUGCUGUCCGAGCGCGCCGCGGCGCUCGACGCGCGCGAGGCCGACCUCGCCGACCGCGAAGCCGACCUGGCCGACUUCAGCGCCGACGUCGACACGCACCAUGCCGCGCUGGACGACUACGCCGCGAGCCUGAGCGAGCGCGCGCGCGAGCUCGAGGCGUACGAGCACAAGCUGUUCAAGUACCACCGCGCUGUGCGGCGGGAGCGCGUCGCGAUGGCUGCUGCUGCCGCGGCGCGCGCCAGCGCGCCCCCGCCGCCGUUGGUCGUCAUCUCCGAGCCCGUGUUCGAGGGGCACCAGUACGAGGCGCUCGCGGGCGGCGUGGGGGAGGGGGAGAAGGCCGGCGACCCUGCGCUCGCGGCAAAGAGCGCAGAUGCGAACGAGGGCGAGGCGGACGCCGCGCGGAGGGAGGUGCUCUCGCACUCUGGGGGAGACGUGCGCUCGCUGCUGUCCCAUGUCACUUCGCACAUUGCCCUCCUGGACCGGCUGGAGCGCAGCAGUGCGCUAGAAGCGGGGGAUGAGGCGGGACAGAAUGCGUUGCGAGCGCUUGCGUUGUUGGAUAUGAGGAUCCGCCAGGUCCUGAAGCGAGCAGUCUGGGCAGAGGAGAGCCAGUCGGAUACCGAAGCAGAGGACACCGACGACAGCGACGACGAGUUUGUCGAGUACGGCCAUUGCAGCGUCGUUGCCCAUGUACGUCACAGUUCGCUGCCCGUAGAGCUAGAUUAGAGGUACCCAGGGGGGUUGGUUAGAGAGUGAGGGAGGAGGGGACGUGAGUGUGGCACCAUUUUUCGCUCAUUUCACCAGCUUUUCAUGUUGACAUGUGACAGAAUGCAUAGAGUACA